AACACAAAUCCCCUAUGGGUCUUUUAUAUGACAAAAAAGAAUUAAGACCGACUUUCGUGGUACAGCUGCAUAAACAGAGUUAGAUGUAAUGGCUACUCUGCUCGCUUCACAAUAAGGUUUUAACACGUCUCGACAUAAUGGCUCAAAAAAUCUUCUGAUACCUGGCAUAGAUAGUUAUUUGGUCAAACCAGUCACGGUGGAUUUAAUAAAUAUACUCUUACCAAUAUUAAAAGUACGAAGGGAACCUGGCUCUCUAAGGCUGAACCAUACGUCAACUCCAACGCUUUCGAAAGGCUACCUGCUAUCGCUUGGGGGUUCGAGUUCACUUGUUUAUAUUGAAGAGCUUUCUUAGUGUGGGGUCAUACGCUUAGAGUCACUAUCGGCGCUGAGUAGAAGGGACCAUAUAUUUCAAGUGUUUGCUUCCCAAGAAACAAUACAGAUCUGUGUCAAAAUGACUGUCAAGAUUUCUUUAAUCGCGUCCAUGUUGUUCUUGUGUGGUUGCCUUCUUGUGGUUAUUCCACCUGCGUUGAGCAUACGUUGCUAUCGCAUGGUAUGUGAAGGCGAGUAUUGUUAUGGGGACGUGGGGGAAGUGGAAUGCCAAGGCGCCGACGACGACAUGUGCGGUACUCUAACCUUUACAACAGAAGGCGCCUUCCACAAUGUGAUUAAGAACUGCACCAGAUCGACACAAGAUUGCAACGAAGAGAGCACUUGUGAAAGGGUAGAGACUGUCGUAGCGGAAUGGGGUGUAUCUUUUUCGGAUUGUUCGAUGUCAUGUUGCCAAGGUAACAUGUGCAAUGCACCCGAGGAGGAGUUCAAGCUGGAGGAGGAGGAUGACCGUGCAUUGGGGCCCAUCGCUUCCAUUUCCAUCCAUAAUCAGAACAAAGCCAUCAAGGCAUAUCACAUUAUGUCAGGGAAAGGGAAAAUUUCCCAUUCGAAACGUCACGGAAAGAAGAAAAGCUUCUAAGAUGAGGCGCUUUCAAUAUGAUCGAUAAAAGAUCUGAUUGCUGUGGGUAUCAAGCAAGAUAAGAACCCUAAAGACGUAAAUGAGAAAACGCAAUAUAUCUUGUAUUGUCGGAGAUGUGAUAAUAAAAGAUAUAAAUGGUGAUAUGAGGUGCAGUUAUUCUUUGGACAAAAUUGAUUUAAUACCGUGCUUUCCUCUUCGAAGUCAUUCUUUAAUUUUCUCAAUUUCCCAUCUAGC